GAUUACACCUAAAAUGGCUGAAGCCUCAGGUUGACUUGUGGGGCACCGCACAUUCGGCUUCUAAUUCGUGACUGAGGCUGACCGACUUCCUGGCGCAAAGUUGCUGCAUAGUUUCUUGACUACCUAGUAUCGAUACAGCGGUGACCUGGGAACGGGGCUGGCGUGCCAGCUUCCGCGCGAAGCGGAGGAAUGUCCGCUAUCAUCAUCGACGGCUUUCUGCUAAAGAAGAAAAAGGAUGACAAGCGCAGCUUCUUGACGAGCAAGUAUCAACGGAGGUACUUCGAGCUCACUUCGGACACGCUCCUGUACGCAAAGGACCCCAAGGACCUGAAAGACCUCAAGGAUGGGAGCGGGGAUAUCGAAGUGUUCGCUAUCCAUGAGCUUAAGUAUAUCAAGAAGCUCGAGGAUGAGAAACUCGAGAUGAAGUUCCCGGAGCGCGUGCUCCGCGUUAAGGCCGAGUCUAAAGCUGACCACGAGCGCUGGUAUGAGGCCAUUCGGGAUGCGCGGCAGAAGAAGUUGGACGGCAACAACACGCCGCAGGCCAAGCAGCUCGAGAACCUCAAGGCGACCACCAAGCAGCAGAUCCUAACGGCGCUGGAGGAGGACAGCGACGACGACGGGCCUCCCAUAGGCCCCAUCGGCGGCGGCGGCGGCCUGCCCACGCCCGCCCGGAAGCCGGACCUGGUCAUGCCCUUGUCACCCAUGGCCACGGGGCCCGGGCCGGCCAGCAACCGCCCGCCCUCGCCACGGUCGCUGCUGGCCAACCCCAAGAUGGGCACCAACAUCAUUCGGGCGCCGGUGCGCCAGGUGCAGCGGGAGGAGGAGGAAGAGGAUCGCAUCGACCCGCACCCCAAAGCGCGCAGCCGCUGGCACGACGAGGAGGAGGAGGAUGCGGCAGAGGCGGCAGCGGCUGCCGGCUCGCGGCCCGGCACCACCGGCUCCACCGGCCCAGGUGCCCAGCAGCAUCAGCAUCAGCAGCAGCAGCAGCCUCAGUCGCGGCCCGGCACCACUGGCUCCACAGCCUCCUCACAGAACGAGCGGCUCAUGCUCAACGGCGACCAGGGCCGCGCCGCCGGCAGGGGCCCGGCUUCCUCGGCAGCCGCAGCAGCGGCCGCAGCAAUUGCGGGAGGGGCGGGCGCCGAGCGCGGGGAGCGGCUGCAGCUGGCGGAGGGGGCCCGGCCGGCGGGAGCGGGCGGCCCUACGCGGGGGCCGAGCGGCGUCAGCCGCACAGGUGCCGUGGGGGCCAGCGGCAAUGGGGAGACGGAGUCGGUGCCUUCGCCGGGGAUGUCCCGGGCGGGAAGCAAGCCGCUGAGUGCGGGCGCCAACAAGCCGCCGCCAGCUGAGAAGCUGUCACUCGGCGGCCCGCCGCCGGCGGUCAGCACCCGGCCCGGAAGCCGGGAGUCUGAUGGCGCCCGUGUCAACGGGGCCGCAGCUGCACACCAUGCACAGGCCCAUCACCACCACGAGCAGCCCGGCACGGAAGGCAACCGCGAGGAGUGGGAGGAAGACGACUGGGAUAGCAGCGACGAGGAGGGCGGGCAGCAGGGCCACCGCCAGCAGCAGCAACGCAGCUCCCAGCAGCGCACCUCCCAACAGCCUCGGCAGCAGCAGCCGGCGCCCAGCUCUAGGAACAGCGGCAGCAACCUGGCGAUCGCCCGAGCGUCAGCGGAGGGGCUGCGGACCUCGCAGCCGGCGCCGUCGCUGGGCCCUGGCGGCCGCACCGGCAACGGCUCGUCGGCGAGGCCGCCUGCCAAGGCAGCCCCGGCGCCUGCGCAGCGCUACGACGACGACGAGGAGGAGGAGGAGGAGGAAGAGGAGCGUAACCCUGAGGUAAAGAUGGCCAAACACGCGGCCGGCACGGACCAUCUGGAGGAGAACUGGGACUCCGAAGAGGAAGAGGAGGAAGAGGCGCCGCCGCGCAAGCCCGCUGCGCCGCCUCCAGCGCGGCGGCCACAGGUCCCCGCCGCUCCCCCAGCAGGUGCGGCGCCUGCCUCGCCCGCGCGGCGGAUACCCGGGCCCCCAGCCUCGGGGGCUCCCAGCUCUCCCGGGCUCGCUGGGCGGCCGCCUGUGGCGCCGCGCGGGCCUGCGCCGCCGGCUGUCAGCCGCCUGCAUCCCGGUGACGAAGUUAUGGCUGCGCCGGCAUCGCCCGCACGCCGUGGCGCGUCUGGGGGGCCGCCGCCGCCGCCACCCCCUCAGCAGGGCUUCAAGUCCAAUGUCGUGCAUGACCCCGGGGUGAAGGUGGACGAGAACUUUGCGGAGGAGGACUGGGAUGAUGAUGAUGAUUGAGCAAGCGGAGGGCGAGGGUGGACGGGGUGAGCCUGGAGGUAGGUAGCGGGGGACACAGAGGAGGAGCUGUAGAGAAGCUUGCCACUUCCAGGGAUUGGCGGCACGCGUCACGAGCGGCUGCAUGCAAGGGAAUGAGGGGCAUGGCGCUAAACGCGAAGGUCGGCGCGCGACACCACCGCACGCUGCAAACAUGAAACUUGGGGUAUUUGGUGGUGGUGCGUACACACUGGAGUGCAAUACUAGAUAGCGGAUGCCAAUGGUCGUAUCUCGAUGCGGGGUCAGCAUUGGGUCGGAGGUCAGCGUCAACCAUGCAUGUCGUGGUGAGGGUAGAUGGACGCACGCCGAACGCGCCCAAGAGAGGCAACAGGCCUCGACAUUUCUUCAUUAUUCAGGUACAUUUUAGCAGUUGUCGAGCGAAAGUCAUGCUGCGUGCGCCAAGUUACAGUGCCCUCCACGGGUGCGACCUGCAUGUUGCAGAUACCGGUAAGACCGGCCAAGAUGCAGAAGAAGAAGCACGGCGGUAACGCCAGCAGUCUUACGGGAUCAUACUUGUGUGGACAGCACAUGCUGGUUGGCUGCCUGGCCAGUUUUGCAUGUGUGUGUGUGUGUGUGUGUGUCUGUGUGUGUGUCUGUGGGAGCCAUAUUGGAGGGAACGUGACUCACAUGGAACGGAUAGGUGGUUAAAGGCUGCCCCGGCAAGGGCUCGGAGUCUGACGUGCUGCCGCACUUCAAGAUGCUGUAUGGCGUUUGUGACACGUGCCAGGCACGGACGUCAAGAAGAACACAGGCACUGUGGCGUGCAUGUAAUAUGAGGAACCU